AUGCCCGUAUCGCGUCCUGUCUUUCUCACACUGAUUGGAACUCUGCUGGGUCUAUCUCUGACCUACUGUGUGUCGUCUGUGGCUCGGCUUCAAAAGCGAUCCACUUCACCAGAAUGCGAACAACUGGUCGAAGCUCAGCAGCGAACAGGCUUGAUUCUUAUGGGUAUCAUGACGGCGGCGAAGUACGUCGAUACACGAGCCUAUAAUGUCUGGAAAACAUGGGCGAAACACGUUCCAGGCAAAGUACUGUUUUUCGUGGCGGAGCAUACAGAAUCCAUCCACCCGGAUUUGCCGCUUAUACGUCUGAAAGGUGUCGACGAUACGUAUCCACCGCAGAAGAAAAGCUUUGCGAUGGUUAAGUGGAUGGCAGAGAAUUAUUUGGACGAGUUCGAUUGGUUUUUGCGAGCUGAUGACGAUUUGUACGUAAGAGGUAGUGAGUUGGAGAAGUUCUUACGCUCGUUGGACUCAUCCAGAGCUCAUGCCAUUGGUCAAGCGGGUCUGGGAAAUAGUGCAGAGUACGGACUGUUGGCGCUGGGCUCCACUGACAACUACUGUAUGGGUGGUCCAGGAGUGGUGAUGAGCAGGGAGACGUUGAGAUUGCUGUCUCCACAUCUGGAGUCUUGUCUGCAGCAUUUGCUAACGACGCAUGAAGACGUUGAACUUGGGAGAUGCAUUCGACGGCACGUGGGAGUGGCCUGCACGUGGAACUAUGAGAUGCAGAAGUUGUUUCAUAACAACCAGACCACUUCAAGGGCGUACACAGGUGAUUUAUCGGAGGUCAGGGCCGCCAUAACAGUACAUCCCAUCAAAGAUCCAGCAGUAAUGCGUCGCGUUCAUGCACAUGAUCGUGCAUUUCAUCUUCAAGCGUUACGAGCACGACGAGUGUCCUUGCAUACGGAACGCAGUGAUGUGCAACAGCCUACGCUGAUACGGAUCAUGCCGAACAGCUCCCGAGAUCUGACGCCAUGGGACUAUAUCAACAACAACAAGAUCUUGUUCUGUGCAGAUCGAGUGAACUGCCCACGGCAUACGUGGUAG